CUCGGCGUUUCCGGGAAAUCAAGUCUCAGGGUUUUGGGCGCCGGUACAAUGGGGAAGAUAUCAUACAUGAAGCUCAGGGGGAGCCAGAACCUGAGGCUACGGUUGCUGCUCUCCACCCUCUCCUCGACUCCAAUACUCAUCGAGGACAUACGCGCCGACGCCACAUGGCCCGGCCUCCGCCCCCAAGAAGUCUCCUUUCUCCGCCUCCUCGAGAAAGUCUGCGACGACUGCGUGGUUGAAAUAAACGAAACUGGGACGAAGUUGAAGUACAGGCCGGGAAUAGUGAUGGGUGGGAAACAUUUAAUUCAUGAUUGUGGCGUCAAUCGCGCAAUUGGGUAUUUCAUUACGCCUCUCAUCGUGCUUGGCUUGUUCGGGAAGAAGCCUCUUAGUAUUAGGCUGAAAGGGAUUACUAAUGACCCUAAGGACCCAUCUGUUGAUACCUUUAGAUCAACUACCUUGCCUAUUUUGAAGCAGUUUGGAGUUCCCUCAGAAGGACUGGAUUUGAAAAUUGAGAGCAGGGGAGUUGCUCCCAAUGGCGGUGGGGAAGUAAUUUUGUCGGUCCCCAUUGUCCAGGAUAGUUUAAGAGCAGUCAGCUGGACUGACGUUGGAUUGGUGAAGAGGAUUAGAGGUGUUUCCUUUUCUACCAGAGUGUCUGCUCAGUUUGAGAAUACCAUGAUACAUGCAGCUCGUGGCAUCUUGAAUCCACUACUUGCUGAUGUCCAUAUAUUUACAGACCACAAAGCUGGUGCACAAGCUGGAAAGUCACCUGGCUAUGGGAUUUCUCUUGUUGCAGAAACUACUUCUGGCUGCUUCAUCUCAGCUGACACUGUUGUUUCUUAUGCAAGACAAGAAGAAGAUGCUGAGAUUGGGGAUGAAGAUAGCAUCGAGUUAACCCCUCCUGCAGAUGUUGGUGAGCAAAUUGCUUCCGCACUUCUUGGGGAGAUUGAACAGGGAGGUGUGGUAGAUUCAACACACCAGGCUCUAUUGUUUCUUCUGUGUGCCUUGUGUCCACAAGAUGUCUCUAAAGUUAAGGUGGGUAAACUCUCACCCUAUGCAAUAGAGACUUUAAGGCACAUCAGAGAUUUCUUGGGUGUUAAAUUCCUCAUGAAGCCAGAACCCUCGUCGGGUACUGUUCUACUUAAGUGCGUUGGAUCUGGAUUGAAGAACAUGUCUAGGAAGUUAUCAUGAGGACCAAUGCCUGAAGAAUGUAUACUAUGAAAGCCUCACAAGAUCAUGGAUGUGUAAUAAUGAGUUACAAAUUCUGUAGUAUCUGUAGCUAGCUACUGACCCCACAUCAGGGGUGGGUGGUGAGAUCUUAUUUUUAAAGUUGUGUGCUUAUAAUUUCUUCAAAUUAUUAUUUGCCCUCCCUCGUGUUUUGAGUUUAAUGUCGCAAUAUCAUCGGGUUUUUUUUUUUUUACCAAGUUGUAA